AUGAGGCUUGGGAAAGACGUACACAAGUGGACGUGUAAAGAUGUGGGCUUGUGGCUUAAAGAAAACGGUUUCGAUGAUCAUGCGGAUCUAUUUGCGAAGCAACAUAAGAUAGACGGAGGUGCUCUUCUCGUCCUCAAUGAAGAUGACUUAAGAAAUCCCCCGCUUGAGUUGAAAGUCCUUGGCGAUAUCAAGCGUUUAUCUCUGGCGAUUGCUUCUCUUCAAAGAAAACACAGCAGGCCAACGCACUUAGCACUCCCUAAUGCUACGAAUGGACACGUUAAACGAAAAUUUGUUGAUCAGAUUGAUAGCGUGGACGGUUUUGUGGGACAGCUGAGACGACGCGAUUUUUCGGAUUCUGAUAUCGAUGAUGACAGGCCUGAUGUUCAUCCUUUCUCAAAUAUCUCUGAAACAGGGAGAACGUUGAUCAGUUUGGUUUAUGCGUUUUCAGUAUUUUUUGUCACUUCUUUUGUAAUGGUUUUCGUCCACGAUCGCGUACCAGACAUGAAGAAGUAUCCUCCUCUACCUGACAUAGUCCUGGACAAUGUACCGCUCAUACCGUGGGCUUUUCAAAUGUGUGAGGUCACAGCGCUUAUUUUAACUGCCGUUUUAACUACGGUUUUGUUCUUCCACAAGCACAGAGUUAUCGUGAUAAGAAGAAUGGCUGCUUUGUGUGGAACAGUGUUUCUUCUGCGGUGUGUUACAAUGUUCGUGACGUCUCUCAGCGUUCCUGGAAUCCAUUUGGAGUGCUCUGGAGGUACGUCAAAGUUGUAUGGUGACACUUGGGCAAAAAUAAGAAGAGCCUUCGAGAUCCUGCUUGGUUUUGGGAUGUCAGUAAAUGGUGUGCGUACAUGUGGUGACUACAUGUUUAGUGGCCACACGGUUACCAUCACCUUGUUGAAUUUUUUUGUAACAGAAUAUACACCAUACUACAUGUACUACUUGCACACAUGCUGCUGGGUCCUGAAUAUGUUUGGAAUUUUCUUCAUCCUGGCUGCCCAUGAGCAUUACUCCAUUGAUGUUGUUAUUGCUUUUUACAUUUCUUCUCGUCUCUUCCUUUACUACCAUACUCUUGCCAACACUCGAGCACUCAAACAGAUUGACAGCAAAAGGACGCGCAUAUGGUUCCCCCUUUUUUGGUUCUUUGAGGAAAAGGUGUCUGGCAAGGUACCAAAUGAAUAUGAAUGGCCUCUGAGGUGGCCCAGAUUUCUGUGCAAGAAAUCCAAGUCCCGUUAAAAGCCUGUGCAUGUACCAUUAUCUGGCUGUGCUCCCUUCCAUUGUAGGUUGAUAAUUGAACUAGCUUUCUAGAUAAUGAACAAGGCAUGAUUUUCUAAGUUUCAUCACAGGAGCAAAACUACUUAAAAGUGGUGGUGUAGGAAAAUAUGUAUCUUGGUUACAGAGAUAUUCGUAUAGAUCUAAGAUAUGCAAUCCUCUUCUUUUCUAGAAGCUUAGUCAGCCAUCUCAACUAGAGACUUUAUAGAAGCCAAGGUAUUCCCCUCCCCCCCUCCCCCCCCAGCCCCCUAAAAAGACCUCCCUAAUAUGGAAUUGUUGUGGUUAAAUUUACAGCACUACACCUACAUGUACAUGUAUUACACAAAGUAUAAUAAUGUAAUUUAUUUUGAAAUAUCUGUCAUAAUUAUUUGAAGAUUUUUGAAACUGAAAUUUUACUCUCAGUAAUGUUUCUUUGACCAACUACAUAUAAAACAGAAAACAUUAAAAAAAUUCAAGUAACUAUCCCUUUUACAAGAAGAAGGACCUAACUGAGAUGAGGGCUUCAUGUUUUGUUGACACAAAUUUUAACAUACUGGUAAUUAAUUUAUUGUGAAUUUCAUGAACCAUGUGGAGACCUUGAAUUCUACUACACUUUGAAAUAUUUAUUUCAAUUGAUUUUUAUGUGUCUGUACUGAAUGUCCAAGGCCUGUUUAACACUGUACAGAGGUAUGAUUAAUAUUUUGCUUAAAGGAAAGAAACAGUUUUUUUCUGCAUCAUUGUAGGUUGACAUCAAGCAUUGUAAAAGAGACUUAUUGACAUUCAUCUAAGAAGAAAGAAAAUUUUUAUGAAGCUGUGUUCUUUAAAGAGAGCAAAAUUUAAUAUAUUAUCCAAGAUUAUUGGCUUAAUUUUAGGGGAUUAAAUUGAUAGUAAAACCUGUUAUUUAAUAAAAUUUAUGCAUCAAAUAACUAAGAGAUCUAUUAUGUAGUAAGUCAAUAUGUUUAAAAAAGGGCCAUCAAGCUAAAGGAGAUACAUUAUAAGAUUUAUUUUAAUCCUUUAACUCUCAAGAUCUGAAGGUUAAUUCUCCCCUCUAGCUGCAAGACAUUUCCUUGUAAUUGGUUUCAAGAAUUUGAUGUUAGAUCAAAAGAACAACUUCUACUUGAUAAGUUUGAGUAUUCUCAUUACCAGUUUGCUGGAUAACGUGUGAAUACUAUAGGGAGAAAUUACAUGUUAAUCACUUCUGGGAGUUGAUGGGUUAACACAUCAUUGUAAACUUCACAGGGAUGUUGUUGACUGAAUUGACACUAAUUUUGUGAGGGUUCUGUCAUCAAAAUGAUCUUUUAGCAUUAUUUUUAAGGUCAUUAGAGAGGUUGUAGAAAACCCAUUUGUUUUUAUGCAGUAAUUUUCUCAAACUGUUAAAUAUAAUAUAAAAUAUGUAAUAUUAAUAUAUUUUGUCCUAAAAUUAUUAGCAAUUGUAUUAAUGGGUGAUGAAAUUAAAGUUUGUGAAAAUU